CUUGUAAUCUGAUUGUUUUGUGAUCCAUUGUUUUAUUUUGAAAGUGUCGGAAAGAUGAAUGCUUUUAUGAGUGCUGUGUAUUCUUUAUCAGAGUGUACAAAAACGAAAAAAAUUCACAGCGAUAGCGGUUCUCUUUGUUCUUCAACAGUGAAUUCCUGUUGUUUUACCAGAGCAAGUUCCUUUAAGAGGUCCCCCACUUGUUACAGUUUUACAGUGUUCUGGAAUGGCUUUCAGAGAUGUCCGGUUUGUAAAAAGCCUUGGCAUAUUCAGUCAAAAUAUAAAAGAAGAAAUUGUGAAGACUUCAACAGACUAGAGUGGACUGCUGUCGACACUGGUUGGACGUCUUCUCUUCAAGAUACUCUUGAACUUCUAGCUGCCACAGUUGCUAUUGUUCCUGUUUUCAAAAGGAUCAAUUUAUCGCCAGUUCUGGGGUUUCUUCUUUCUGGCGUUAUUUUAGGACCACACGGUUUCCGUUUGGUCAAAGACGUUGAAGAUAUUAAACACCUUGCAGACUUUGGUGUUCUGUUUUUGUUAUUUGAAAUGGGACUAGAAUUAUCUAUUGACCGAUUACGGAAACUCAGAAAAUAUGCUUUUGGUUUGGGUUCCUUACAAAUGUUGAUUACUGGUUCCCUUUUUUGGUUUAUAUCUCACUCUUUAGGUGCUAGUAUUCCCGAAAGUUUCGUCAUUGGUGGCGCACUUGCCAUGUCUUCUUCGGCAUUUGUAUUGCAGUUGCUUGGAGAAAGAGGAGAGAGACAGAGCAAAACUGGGUUGGCAACUUUUGGCAUUCUUCUUCUACAAGACGUUGCAGUUGUUCCUUUGUUGGUAGUUUUACCUCUGAUGCAAAAUUUUCGGUCAGUUUGUAUUGAUAUUGAUAAAUCGAGUCUUAUACGUGAUCCCAACUAUAGUCAUCUUUCUCUUUUGGAAGUGGAGCAAAUGUUGCAUAUGUUGGGAAUGACUUCCUUGAAAGCCUUGGCUGUUUUGAAUAGCAUCGUUUUGAUUGGUGGUUUUUUAUUAAGGCGUCUUUUCCAAUUCGUAUCUGGUUCGGGUGAUGCCGAGGCAUUCACAGCAACUGUAUUAUUAACUGUGCUUGGAACUGGCUGGUUGACUGGACAAUUUGGACUAUCGAUGACUCUUGGUGCUUUCGUUGCUGGAGUACUGUUAGCAGAAAGCAAUUUUCGAAAUCGUAUCAAGGCGGAUACUGACCCAUUUCGAGGUCUUUUAUUGGGCCUUUUUUUCAUCACAACUGGAAUGAGCAUUGAUUUGCAUUUGGCGUUGGAAUAUCCAAUACAAUUGUGUACUUUAAUCGGUGCCAUUAUCCUGAUCAAGUCAUUGGUUGUCAUCGGUUUAUCACUACCAUUUGGCUUAAGUCUUUCCGAAGCAGUUGAAGUUGGACUUUUGCUUGGUCAAGGUGGAGAAUUUGCUUUUGUUCUAUUUGCUUUGGCAAGCAAUUUGGGUAUUUUGCCGGAAAUUGUCAAUGAUCUUCUUAUAGCUGCUGUGGUCUGUAGCAUGGCUUUGACACCUUUUUUGGCAGAUUUGGGGACAAAAUUGUCAUUAUGGAUUGCAAGGCAAAGGUCCGUCUCUUAUUCGUUUACCGGUGUUUCUUUGGAAGAUACUUUGGAAACUCCUGAAGAUAGCAGUUUCAAUGGUAUGAUUCCAAAUAGAGUAAAAACAGAAAGGAAACCAGUCGUUCUUUGUGGUUUUGGUCCAGAAGGAAGAAUGAUCGGCCGUAUGUUGAUGGAGAAGAAGAUAACAUUUAUUGCUGUUGAUAAGAAUAAAAGUGUCAUAAGAGAUGCUUUGGCAGAAGGCCUUCCUUGUAUUUAUGGUGACUUGUUUGAUCCGAGCUCUCUUCGUUCCGAUGUGUUUGGCUAUCCUGAUGUUUUUGUUAUAACAAGUGACGAUAUCGUUGUGGCAUCGAAAAUAUUCCAAUCGAUUCGCAGCACAUUUCCUGAAGCUCAUACGUUUGCAUUGACUCCCUCUGUAAAACAGAAAAGGCAAUUAAGAUCUGUGGGUGUUGAGUUUGUGUUUUCAGAAAGCUAUGAGGCUUCUAUACAAGUCGGUGGAGCUGUUUUAGAGUUUCUUGGACUCACGAAAUCUGAUGUUCUGGCGUUGAAGCGUUCAUAUCGAACCAGUGAAACUGUGCAGGAAGAAUUUGCCAAGGUGGAAGAAUUCAGCGAACUCAUCAUCGCAGCUAUAAUAUGUCAAUUGCAAGAAAGGAUGGAGCUACCGAAAUCAUCAAUGGAUCUUACCAAGUUGAAGAAGGGGACAGCGAAGAGACAGCUGUCCAUUUGGAAUCGAAUGAAAAAUGAAAGACGCGCCAAUUUUACCAUUCGUGUCUCACCUAAAGAAACUAUGAGGCAAUAUGCAUCUCAUUCGCAUCAAAGAGAAAGACCACGAAACUAUAAGCUACAGUCAAGCGACUUUUUUAAAGAGAAACAAAUAGGUAUAUAUGAAGGCUUGAAGUUCUUGAGCAAGAAAUUUUCCCGUGGUCAGCCUUCGAGUAAAGCUCUCACUCGAUUUUAUGAAGUGAGUUUGAACUUGAACGGAUUAGUAGAGAAAGAAGCACCGAAUCAAGAAGAUACUGCAGAGCGUGUUAGCGAAGUUGUAUUUAUUCUAGGCACACUAGGUGUUUCAGAUUUGAAAACGAAAAGGAUUGAAGGGUUAUGUGACAAGCUUCUUGUCAAAGACGAUAUUGCAGUUUCUAUUCUCUUUCUACUAUUACAGUUGACGAGUUAUGAAAAUAUUCAGAAGAGGGAACAGGAAACUUCUUUGGAACGAUUCUUCAAACGAAAGAGCCACCGUCGAACGAUGACACUAGCAAAGGAUACAUUUAGGAAGGAAGCUCUCUAUGACCUUGUUAGCGAGCCCAAAGACUUGUCCAAAUUUCACUGGAGACAUAAUAGAAAAUUUAGUUUGCAACUUGAGACUCUUGCAGAAUCGACUGGAGUCUCUGAAGAGCUACAAGAUCAUAUUGGAUCGUCAUAUGCUUUGUCACUGCGUUCACAACCAUUUCGAAGAAAUGCCGUCACAAGUUGCUCGAAUAGUCACUCUAUCAAAGACGUUGGAAAGGAUUUCGAUGAAAAGCAAAAUUUGGAAGGAACUUCAAUGACCCUUCCAAAGAGUAUAUUUGAUUUUACUGAGAAAAUGUAUCAAACUCUCUAUUGUAAACAUUUUGGCUCGAGGUCUAAAAGCUGGAUUCCUCCCAAUCAUCCAUUGAUAUUUGAAAGUGCAAUAUGGUCAUUAAUUUCUAACCCGUCUUUUCUGAUGCGAAAGAAUCCUCUUGGUGGGUUUGAACCUGUUGCUGCACGUUUACAACCUUGCGCCCGUAGUAUACUUGCAGAGUUUGGUACAAUCGCAACGAAACUAUUUGAAAUGGGUACAAUAAUUUCACAUUUAAGGGAGAAGAACCAUCCAAUUUUUCAAGGUUUUGCAAAGGCGUUGUGGGACGAGAUGGAGGGAUAUAGCAACAACAUUUUGCCUCUUAUAAGAAAGACCAGAUACAAAGUCCACUUCGAUGAACAAGAAAACCUUCCCAUAUUUGGUCUAAUGCAACGAGUUCGAAGGGUUACUACGCAAUUGCAUGAAUGUAUGGCAAUUAUAAAAGCCCUUAUGCCCUAUGGGGAAACAGAUCCUUAUGAAGUACUGCUAGGACUGUAUUAUUAUCAAAAGGAGCACAUUGUGUCUGACAAAAAAGAGAGCCUUUAUGGACGGUUGUUCUUUAAAGUGCUCAUUUCAUAUUUAUUUUCUUUACGAAGAAUAGCUCUCUAUGGUAGCCAAUUUUGUUUCAACGAUGAUGACUCUAAUAAUAAUUAUAAUAAUUUUGUUCCGCAGGCGUCGAUGAAGUUAUUUGAGAAUAUGCUUCCCAUGAAGAUCAAAUUUAUGGUUGAUAAAGCUGCUUAUGGUGUGGAUAUUUUGUGGUCUAUCAACCCACAGCAUCCAUUUUUUUCUAGCAACCGUGAGUCACUUUGUACAGUUCCCAGCUUUGACUCUUUCGAUUUCCAUUCCCUUGAGCAGCAACUUGAAGAAUAUUUUGAGGGUAUUUCGAAAACACUGAUGGAAAAAUGCAACUCUAUACACCAUCAGAAUACUUUUGUAGAUACAAAAUCUCGUGAACAUGAGCGUUUUAUAGAGAAAGAAAGUACUUGUAAGAAAGUUGAGCCUGACUCUGACGAUGAACUGUCUUGGCUAUCUUCAGAGUCGGAUGACUUGAUGGAGCCAACUGGAUUACAUGACGAAAAUGUUACGAAACUGUCGACACUAGAUUCAAGUAAACACAACUGCAGUAGAGAGAUGUCGCGAAAUAUCCUUUCAGCAAAUGUAUCUUCGUUAUGGGAAAGCUCUGUAACUGUCAAGAGCAAACCAACUUCUGUAGAGUGUGAAACUAUAGAUACACCGUUUGAUAAUUUUGUCGCAGAAUUGGGUUUGUUGUCUAUUCGAGGUAUUUAUUAUCAUGUGCAACAGUAUCUUUGGUGGCUUAUGGAAGAAGAAAUCGAAAUAUUUGAUCAUUUUCGAGCAGUGCGUGAUUAUUUGCUUUUGAAUAGAGGAGAUUUUUUUCUGGAAUUGUGUCAUUCUGUAUAUAGCAGUUCUUGUAGCGAAUGGUUUAUGGGAGGAACUGAAGCUGAAGCUAGAUUACAUUUGGCCUUUGAACAAGCUAUUCUAAGCUCAUCAGCAUCAUGGGAUUCUCGUAUAAGAUACUUUGAAUUUUUAAUGGACAAAGAUGGGAAUUCAGACAACACAAAUGUGUAUAGUCAAAUAUUACUUCAAUGGAAGCCUUCGAAUCUCGUUGAAUCGGCACUUUUUGAUUCUUCUACGUUGGAAGUUUAUUCGCACAUCUUUCAUUUUGCUUUCAAGUUGAAGAGUGCAAGUCAUAUAUUACGCCAGCUUUAUUCAACAAUACCUCUUAUUCCGUUGCAUUGGCAAGGUCUUCAAAGGAAAGCACAGAUAUUACGAUUUCAGUUGAUGCAAUUUGUCAAUGCACUAUUACAGUUUUACGAGCAUGGUUUACUUGAAGGAAGUUGGUUUCGCUUUUUUCGAGAAGCAAACAAGUGCAAUGAUAUUUGGCAAAUGAGGAAUCUUCAUUUACAGUUUCUAGAUGAAGCGUUGAGUUAUAUUUUUGGGAACCACAAUCCUCUUGCAUCCGAUGUCAAUCGCAUUCUUGAAGAAAUUAUAAUUUUCGAACUAGACACAAGGAGGGCUCUUCGUAAAUCGAACGUAUCAAACAUAGCCGUUCUUGGUAGAAGAAUAGAAGGUCUAUCAUUUAUGCUUUACCAAUUCUAUGACAAAGUUCUUUUGUCGGACAAGAAGAUGAAAGUUAGAACUGCGGAGUGGACAGUACUGAUAACUUACUUUGGUAUCAAUGGGGAAUGAACAAAGUAUUUUCAGGUUUUUAA